GUUGAUGACAAUCAUCUGAUAUUUCAAAAUUCUCCGUUAACAUAAUUGUUUGGUAAGAGCUGAUGAAAUCAGUUACAUAAAAGGAAGUCGCUGUAUUCUUGCGUUGCAACAUAGUUUUAGUCUUUUGUCACUUAAAUCAUGAAAUUGCUUGUAGGCAUUGUUUUAAUUAUUCUCGUUGAAGUUUUCGGAGUAACAGACAUUCACCGAUCUAAAAGAUUUCUCAUCUUCCCUCCGACUUCACCAACCAGAAUGCAGAUUAUCGUCGGUAUUGGUAUUCCGGUACAAUUAGAAUACGAAUCAGUUACGUUCGGUUACACAUUUAAGGCAGAAUGGUUCUUAGCAGAUAACACCACAUUGCUUAACCACUUUCUGGAGGAUCCGUUUAAUCCAAUAACACGUCCCAUAACAAACAGACGUAGAAGACAUGCUCUACUUCUUGCUAGCAAUGAACACAAACUAACACAUGAUCCAAUUGAAAUCCAAUCAAUUGAUACUGAGACUAAUCAGACGAUCAUCGAUGAUCGAUACGAAAAAUACGAUGUGGAAGCCAUUGAAAUUGACUCAGGUUUAAGCGGAGUUGAUACUGAAGACGAUAAUGAUCUGUACGGAUACGGUACGGACGAACAUGAUGAAAUUCAUGAUGACGAACGCGAUGAAGAUGAUGAAGACGAACCAGAUGAUCAAAAUGAACAUUUUCACUCAACAUACAAUGAUUGGAAUUCCCAUCCGAAAGAUCUUUCAACCGCGCGAUGGACUUUAUUUAAAGGAAUUGAAGUUUUGGCUCAAAGGAAGGGAUUAGCCGGACGCCCGUGCAUGCUGAGAAGUAUUUGUGAGUCCGCACAGGCUCCGUUUUCGAUUAAAAGUGGCAUUCUCGGAGAGUUAAUGCACAUUAUUAUGACACCGUCGCUUACAGAAGAUACUAUAGUCGACCAUUCGCAAAAUGAAUACCUUCGUGCAGAAGAGAUUGGAAGAUCCGGAGAGCCUUGCGAAAAAGUGUUUAAAGAAUGUACGACAUCUGUGCUGGAUCAAUUUUCUGGAAUUUAUAGUACAGUGGAGAAUUUAAUAAAACUUUUCGGCUAA